AUGAAUGUGCACUUCAGCCCAGAAACCAACCGUGUCCGGGGCUGCACCAAAAGCAGCGUGGCCAGCAGGCCAAGGGACGGGAUUCUGCCCCUCUGCUCUGCUCUGACGCUGUACUGGAGAAGCAGCACCCAGCCAGACAGCAGCGGCCAAACACGCUCCAAGUCGCACCAAGACCCGCUCAAAACGAGACAAUCGGACGUGAACGUCCGUCUCAACAAACAAACACACAAACCAACCCAAACUCCCCGCCCCGCGGACGGGACCGCGGCCCCGCGCUCGUCGCUCCGGGCCGGGCGGCGCCCGGAGGCACCGCGGGAAGGGGACCGCUGGCGGCGCGCGAGCCCCGGGGCGGCCCCGCCCGCCGCCACCGCCGCCGCGAGCCCCGUGACGCGCGCCCAAUGGCAGCGGGCACCGCGCGCGGCGCUCCCAUUGAACACCCACCCACCGACCGAGCGGGCGAGCGAUCCAGCACCCGCAUGGGCCGCCCGGGUGCGGCGGCGAGAGGCGAGCGCGCCCCGCCCGGGGCAGGUGGAGUCAUGGCCGCGGGCCGAGGGCCGCGCUUGUCGCUCUGAAGGCUCUCUGCCCCCCGUCCCCCUCCCUGCCGGACGGGCCCCAGCCAGAAGCCCAUGGACGGAGGCCGGCAGCCGCCACCCGCGGCAGCCGCCCGGGAGCGGCGGGGGCCGGAACCACCGCCCGCGCCGGCCGCCGGAGGGCAGCGGGACCGGCGCACGUGAGGAAACCCCGCCGCCCUUCGCCGGGACCCGGCGCGGCCCUGCCCGGCGGGGCGGGCUCUGCCGGCGCUCCCGAGACGGUCCGCGCGCAGCGGCGCCUCGCGUGGCCGGCGGGGCGCGGCCGUUGGGCCCGGUCCCGGCCGCCUCGUGCCCGCGCCUGGUGUCAAUUUUCGCAGUUCGGGCGGCGGGUGCGGGGCGCGCGGGGAGGCGCGCGGGGCUCGCGCGCGACGCGGCCGCUGCCCCCGGCGCGGCCCCGCUCCCCGGUCGUUACCGUGCGCGAGGCGCGCGCGGCCUCCCGCUUCCUUUCUCACGCGGACCGUGUGUCCGCCAGCUGGGGACAACGUGCGUGCGCACCGUGCUGACGUCACCGCGCCGCAGCGCGCGCAGGCGCGCCGCAGGCUCGCGCCCCCCUCCCUCCCGCCUGCCCGUCACGUGCCCGCGCCGCGCGCAGGGCCCGCCGCCCGACCCGGCCCGGCCCGCGCAGCGCCGUGCGCGCGGGGAACCUUCUCGAACGGGCGCGCGCGCACGGCUCACGCGCCAGCGGCCGACGAGGCCCCGCGCGCCUCCCCGCGCGCAGCCCCGACCCCGCCGCGGCCGCGCAAGGGGCGCGCGCGAGGCCCACUGGGCACACAGCGCCCCCCAGCGGGCGCGCUCUGCCCCGCAAGCCCCGGCGGCACCGCUCAGCCAUCCCCAUUCCCAGGGCAGGGGCCGCCUCCUCCGGGAAAGGAGAACCGCUCUCCUCGGCGCAGAGAAGGCGCACCUCGCAGAGAAGGCGCACCUCGCCUGCCUGCACUCGGCAGCGUUGCCGCCUACGGGAACUGGCCUCUUCCCCGGGAAACCCUCAGUCGAGGAAGCAACGCUGAAGCCGGAGGCAGCGAUGGUCUCCCUCCCUCUGGCAAAGUUCCCACUGACCCGCCAAGGCCAGGGACAGUAUCUGACCCUGCAGCACCCUGACCGUCAGAGGGCUGACAUAGCCCUGUCACACUGGGCCCUGUGCAGAGUCAUAGACUCGCUGAUGAACGAGCGGCUCAGGACAGCCCAGGCACGACUCUGA